GACCUGUUUUUUUUUUAUCUUUUCAAAUGAAAUGUAGCCCUAUAGAACAUGAAUCAUAGUCAGUUCGUCAACCAAAGUCUUCCUCUAUAACCAUUAUUUUCCUUCACCAAACCUUGUUCACAGCCGCCCUCGGAUUGCAAUGGAAAAUCUGCUGAUUCUUACCUUUGUUUCUGUGCCUUUGUUUCUUCUUCAAUUAUACCCCGUUUUGGUUCUCUCAGAACCCUAUGUUUUCCCAGAAAAAUACUUCAUCAACUGUGGGUCGGAUUCUCCCGAGACACAACUAGGAGUUAAAAAAUUUGUGGGUGACAAAAACCCAAACUCCUUCUCUGUUGCCAGUGGCAAACCGAUCACAGACACAACCCGGCAGUCAUCAUCAACCCAGGUUCUUUAUCAAACGGCAAGGUUCUCAAGCGAUCCUUUUUCCUAUGAACUCGACGACAUCGUUGACAAAGGCCUACACGUCGUACGCCUCCAUUUCUUUCCUUUCGCUCAACUAGGGGAUGCCUUGUUUAACGUUACAGCUUCAAGUAAGUCUCUGUUAUCCAAUUUCAGUGUCAGAAACACUACUUCUUUCCCUGUGAUUAAGGAUUUCUUUGUGCCAAUAAGUUCAUCCAAGUUCAAAGUCCAUUUCAUCCCUUCAAACCAAUCAUCUUUGGCCUUUGUGAACGCCAUAGAAGUUUUCCUUGUUCCAAAUCCCAAGGAUAAUCCAACUCAUCUCAGUCCUGCAGGAAGAUUGGGUCUUUACCGGGGUUUGCCCUCUCAGUUGCUUAGAACAGUUCAUAGAGUAGCUUUUGGCCAACCCCAAUCCAUUACUGACCCAGAGGUAGUUGCAUCAGAAUGGGUAGCCGAUAGUGACUACAUGGUUGUUGGAAAUUGGGCAACAAAUUGCUCUUAUCAAACGAAUAUUAGACUACGCUAUGAUGAACAAUUUCCAGCAGACAGUGAACACUAUAAUGCAGCCUCUCAAAACUCUAUACCAGAUGGUGUCUAUAGAACUUGCAAAGAAGUAAGACUAAAUGAUAGUCAGACGUCGAAUACUCGCAACAUUACUUGGCAUUUCAAUGUCAGUAAGAAUGCACAGCAUUUUGUUCGAGUCCAUUUCUGUGACAUUAUUAGUACAUCAGCCAACGUUGUCCAAUUCGGUCUCUUUAUAUUCAAUAACUUCACCCAACAAAUUGAUCCUUACCUAUAUACUGUCAACACGGCCGUUCCAUUCUAUUUGGAUUUUGUGGUUGACUCGGGUGAAUCUGAUUUCAUUAGUGUUGGCGUGGUUGCUUGGGCUAACUCCACCGUGGAUAAGUUUGCUUACCUGAAUGGACUCGAGAUCAUGGAGUUCAUCACUGAACCAGGUCAGGAACCAGAGAUUAGUGGGCCAAAACGGAAGACUUCAGUGUAUAUCAUAGUUGGUUCUGUCGCUGGGUUUGUUGUUAUCUGUUGUACUUUGUUGGUGGCUUUCUUGUUAUUUAAGAAACGAAGAAAAGCUAAAGCUUUGGAACCAAUGGCUUCAUACGGCACCCUUCCUUUCGGAGGAGCAAGCCCUUAUAUCGGAGUAAGCUCGAAAUCUGGCAAUCCCCCUCCUGUUCCGAACUUAAACCUGAAGCUAAAGAUGCCUUUUGCUGAAAUAUUAGAGGCAACAAAAAACUUCGAUGCUAAGUUCUUGAUUGGGGAAGGAGGCUUUGGGAAAGUCUAUAAAGGGAUUCUACGAAAUGGUCUCCAAGUUGCAGUCAAAAGAAGUGAGUCCAAACAUGGUCAGGGUCUUCCAGAAUUCCAAACGGAAGUCAUAAUUCUGUCCAAGAUUCGACAUCGCCAUCUCGUGUCCCUGGUUGGAUAUUGCGAUGAAGGGUCUGAGAUGAUACUGGUUUAUGAAUUCAUGGAGAAAGGGACUCUCAGGGAUCAUCUUUACAAGUUGCGAGGGAAUCCUGAGAAACCAUCUUCGUUAUCUUUAUUGACAUGGAGGCAAAGGCUCGAAAUUUGUAUAGGUGCUGCAAAGGGUCUUCAUUAUCUUCACACCGGUUCGGAUGGAGGAAUCAUUCACCGUGAUGUCAAGUCCACAAACAUCUUGCUUGAUGAAGAAUAUGUAGCAAAAGUCGCAGAUUUUGGACUUUCGAAAUCCGGCCUUCUCGAUCCAGAUGGGUUUAGCACCGGCAUCAAGGGCAGCUUCGGGUAUCUUGAUCCAGAGUAUUUUAGAUGCCUGCAGUUUACUGAAAAAUCCGAUGUUUAUUCUUUCGGUGUUGUACUCCUUGAAGUGCUCUGCGCUAGACCAGCUAUCAUUAACGCGCACAGGAAGGAGGAGAUAAACUUAGCCGAGUGGGGAAUGAUUUGGUUAAACAAGGGGGAACUCGAAAAGAUCAUUGAUCCUGCAAUGACUUCCCAGAUCAAUCCUAAUUCAUUGAGAAAAUUCAGUGAAAUAGUUGAGAAAUGCCUGAGGCCAACUGGAGCCAGCAGGCCAACAAUGCUAGACAUCUGCUGGGACUUGGAAUACACAUUACAGUUACAGCAAACUGCGGUGCACCGAGAACCGCACGAGGACAGCGCCAUCGAUUCUUCUUUCAACAUGUCAUCGAGACCUUUUCAGCUAUUGCCUUCGAACAACUACCCGAUCGAGAAAGCUGAUGUGCCCAUGGAAAGAGAUGAUGGUUCAGAAACAACAGAAAGUGGUGUAUUCUCCCAGCUGAAGAUUGAUGAUGGCAGAUAGUCUAAUUCGGCUGGUAAUUUGUCUUCUUAGUCAUUAUCACUGUACUGAUGUAUGAAUCUAUCUUCUGCUGUCUAAAAAAUUGUGUCUUAUAAGUGUAUUCAUUCGGUGAAGAUAUUGUCGUAUAUAUUAGCCAU